AGGCUAAAACGUCCACAGGACACUCUGUCUAUCCCUGUCUCUACUCUAGAACCACUCAUCUAGCAUCAAUGCACAUCUCCUCUUGACAACUAUUCUGAGACACACACACACCUAUGUCGCUACGACAGGCGGCCAGUGGAGGCAAGCUAGCACAGCUGAGUUGAUGUUUGACUGCCUUCGCGCCAACUCCAGAUCGUCCGUAGCUUAGAGCUAGAUCUGUCUGGUGGAUUCCUCUGUGAACUUUUUUGACUGUUUGUCUUCCAACUGAUUGGCUAAGUAAGACAGUGUUUGGGUCAGCCCAGCUAGGUGACCUCCAAAGGGAUUUUUAAAAAUAUUUCCUUUACAGUGCAAAACAAGUAACUUUUCAAAAGGUACACGCUUACCUUUUCUAGAUUCACCCUGACAACUUUUUUUUCUCCAAGAACGUUUUCUGGUACGAGGAGCGUCCAGUGAACAGCCAGCAUGUGGGAGUUCCGGUCCAUGACGUUUUGGCGGGCGGUCUUCGCCGAGUUCUUCGGGACCAUGUUCUUUGUGUUUUUCGGCAUGGGCGCCGCGCUGCGCUGGACAACCGGGCCUAACCACGUUUUGCAUGUGGCGCUGUGCUUCGGCUUGGCGGCUGCCACCAUGAUCCAGUCCAUCGGUCACAUCAGUGGCGGCCACAUUAACCCGGCCGUCACCUUCGCCUACCUGGUGGGUUCCCAGAUGUCCCUGUUCCGCGCCUUUUUCUACUGGGCUGCCCAGGUCCUGGGGGCCGUGGCUGGGGCCGCCGUGCUCUAUGGGGUCACCCCCAACAACAUGAGGGGCAACAUGGCUCUCAACACGCUGCAGCCUGGUAUCAGCCUGGGCAUGGGCACCACAGUGGAGGUGUUCCUGACCAUGCAGCUGGUGAUAUGUAUCUUUGCCGUGACAGAUGAGAGGAGGAACGGACGCAUGGGCUCUGCUGCCCUGUCCAUCGGCUUCGCUGUCACCAUCGGACACCUCGUGGGGAUGUACUACACCGGUGCUGGAAUGAACCCUGCUAGGUCUUUCGCCCCCGCUGUGCUCUUCAGGAACUUUGUAAACCACUGGGUGUACUGGGUGGGUCCCAUGAUAGGAGGUGCUAUGGGAGCUCUUCUGUACGAUUUCAUGCUGUUCCCCCGUAUGCGCGGUCUGUCUGAGCGCCUGGCCACACUGAAGGGCAGCCAACCACCUGAGACGGAGACCCAGCAGGACACCCGCGGGGAGCCAAUCGAGCUCAAGACGCAAGCCCUAUAAACCUGCCCAUGUCUGGGGACAAGGGACGAGGGACAGGCCCUGUGUCCGCCAACCCCCACACUGCCCCCAUCCCAUCCCAUGAACAAGUAUACAGUCACUCUCACUGACUCACUAACUAACACACAGGCACAUGCAGAUUCAGACAUAUAUUGAUGCGCAAACUGUACUCACACACAGACACAGACAGGUUCACAACCUUCAACCUCAACAUUCAACGAGACUCCUCUCCCUCCAACCUCACUCAGUAUCCUGAACUGGACAUGGUGUUUGAUAGAUGUGACCAGUGCCUGCUCCAACAGUCCCACUACCUCCCCUCUCCUCCCCUCUUCUCCCCUCUCCUCCUCCUCCUCCACACCAAGUCUUCCCCUCACACACAGACUGAAGGACCUGACCUGUCAGCACAGAAGCAUGUGAACCCUGUGUCUAGCAGGGAAACUAGGAGAGGGUGAGGGCAGGGUGAGGAGGAGGUAUAGGUGGGUAUGUAAGUAUGGGUGGGGUAAGAGGUAAGGGUAUAGGAUAGAGGGUUGGGGUUUUGGGUGUAGAUUGGGUAAAGGGGUUGGGGUGAGGAUAGAGGGGCAACACUCCAGGUUUUUAGUUGUAUAGAGUUGAGUUAGACCAAUGAAGAUGGGCAUGCGUUUUCAUUAUUUAUCAGAUUUUAUCUGUACAUUUUUUCAGUUUCAUUUUGUUUUCUGCACUUCAGACACAAGACAUGGAUGUAUGAUACCAUUUGAUUUUACCAGGGUUUAAUUUUUCAAAUCACUUCAUUUCAUCUGUGUGUGUGUGAGUGUGGGUGCUUCUACAGUAUGUGUGUGAGUGAGUGAGUGAGUGAGUGAGUGAGUGCG